UGCCAGUUCACUCGCUCUUUGCAUCUUAGUCAAUAUCAUCUUACCAUUGUUCAAAGUAAGGGCAGGGAUGCGGUACCCAGGCGGGGUGUUUUGAUGAGGAGAGGAGGGGCGGAGGGAUCCACAACAUAGCUCAUCCCCCUGACGCGGAUGGUUGCUGGGUGUGAAUGAGACGAGGCGCACUGCCGACCCACACUACCUCAUUCGUCGAGUAGUUCACAACAAAGCAACAGCCUUUCCAGUCUUCUGAAUAGUGCACGGAUACUAUGGACAAAAUGUCUCUUUAAAUCUUGAAGAAGACCGAACGUUAAGAUAAGCCGUGCUUUGCUUUCGCAACGCACCUGAAGUGCCCUACUUUUUCCCGCAAGAAUGGAGUUUCAUUAUGCCCAUCCAGUCCAGCAGUCGGAGGCUCCUCAUCUGUCAGACCCUGCCUGCUCACAGCACACGCCCACACUUGGACUGAAUCAAAACACCAAGAGGCAAAAUGAUCGCAGCAUCGGCUCCUGUCUGGAAGACACUUCGUGUCUGCCCGGCAGACCCCCUCGCUCUCGCUCACCCACAGGCUAACCUCAACCAAUCACAGGGGUGCAGGGGGGAGGUGUCAGAGGAGAGUCAGCACUUAAUUGGUGAUGGUUUCUCAGACUGGAUGACAGAAGAAGUUGAUUUCUCCUCGUACCUCCCCAACCCUCCCUCCCCUCCCAACGCCUCCCUCCCCCCCUCACCCCUCCAAAAUGACAACCAGGUGCCCUCCGACUUGGAGGUCAUGACCUCUCUACUGCAAGAGGAGCUGGCACAGCUGGAGGACUACUUCCUCUCGGAGCCCCUGCCAGAGAAGGGGCCAAAGUUCGGAAAAUGCGACAAAGCCAGCCCGCCUGUCGCUCCUCCACCAUGCUGCCACCCGUCACCCUAUGCGACAGGCGCCCCUUCAAACCAAUUGGACUCCGGCUCUCUUCCUGUUACCCUGGCAACCGGAGAGGUGGACCUGCUGAGCAUCUGUGGUGGUCCCAUCAUUGGCCGCUCCAAAAUUCCCAGACACGCCCCGUACAGUUGUAGCCGUCCGAGCGGGUGUGGUCGCAAAAGAGUUCCGGACGGGGCGCGGCUAGCCGAGGAGUACGACAAUAGCUUAUGGAGCUCCAAAGCCAACAACUCAGGUAGUUCAUCGGUGACCUUCAAUGGAAACUAUGGCUUUGUGGAAGAAGAGCAGGCGGCGGAGAGGGGCUACUGCCUGGGCAACGCCGUGGAGUUGAGGUUCCCCGUCCCCCCAAGAGAAGAGAAGAGCUACUGCCUAGUUCAGGAGAUCCAGAGCAGUGGGAAGGUCAUAGACGAUGCUGCUGCUGCUGCUGCUGCUGCCCCUGCAGGGUUUCCCUGUGACGCCCCCCUCCACGAGGCCCACAAGAAGGAGGACGUGCUGUCUUACGGCGGCAGACUAGAGAUGGGCGGCGUCCAGGCCGAGGCGCUGGGCAGCGCCAACAAGAGUGGCGGAGAGGAGGCCUCCAAGGCCGGCCUCUCCUGGAAGGCGGCGGGCGGCUGCUUCCUGCCGUCCGAAGACUACCAGAGCUUCCUCACCAACAUCAGCGAGCAGGUCAAAUCCGAGGGCCUCCAGGCGGGCCAGCACGACCUGCGCUGCGGCUUCGCGGAGGACCAGACCCCGGAAUACCUGCUGAUGAGCCGCGAGAGCCUGGGCUCGGAGUCGCCCGAGCACAGACACGACUGCAGCCUGACCGACGACCACUGUGCCGUGAAGUACGAACUGGACCUCCACCUCCCGUUCGAAGGCGGGCAGCGCAAACAGAAGAAGAGGGACCAGAACAAAACGGCCGCUCACAGGUAUCGGCAGCGGAAGCGGGCGGAGCUGGACACGCUAGAGGAGCAGCUGCAUGGUCUGGAGGGCCGGAACCGCGAGCUGCGGGACAAGGCAGAGUCGGUGGAGCGGGAGAUCCAGUAUGUGAAGGACCUGCUGAUCGAGGUGUACAAGGCCAGGAGCCAGAGGGUCAAGCAGGACACCGCCACAGCAUGAGAAGAACGGUCCCAACCAAGGAGAAAAUAAACAGGGAACCCUUUUGUGUCAUUUGUCCCAGAUAACAUUUUUGUCUUCCCUCCUGCUUAGGUGGAGUAAAUGCAUGUAUUUUUGUUUCUAUUUAUGUAUUUAUUUAUUUUAUUUAUUUAUUUCAUUUUUCAAUUUGUAACUCAACGGUCUAUUCCUUGUCCAAUGCUUUCGCACAAUGAAUUACUCAAGUCUGCACUGUGACACUGAAAUGUUAAAUGACAAUCAUUUUUAAGAAUGUCAAGUUGAAUCGACCACAGAUCCUGAGAUAAAAUAGAAGUAAUUUGUCAUUGACAGCCUUACAAUCAAGUUGAUGUCAGUAAUUAAAGUAGUGAAAUAAUAUUUAGAUAUUUUUAUUUGAUUUUUUUAUGUCAUAUGUUUUAAAUGAUAAGUGCAGGCAAUAUGUUUUGCAACUCGGUUUCGUUUGAAUUUUUAAGCACAAUGUUAAAGACAAUCUUAAUAUUUUUCUGAAAUUAUUUCUAUGGCCACUUGAAAAGCAACUAACAUUGAAUGGCAAUAAUUAUAAUAAUGUUGUUUGGUUCAUUUUUAUUGAUUUAUGAUAGUCCAUAAUUGAAGAAUAAAAUAACUACAAAUCAGUGAGAAAAACAUCUAUGACUUUUCCUUAUCUUUUUCUGUUAGAAAUAUGAUUUGAUUUAAAUGUUGUGCAUUGUAAAAACGAAGUAAUAAGUUCAAAUCAAGCAGAGAUUGUAAAUGUGUUUUUCAGAAUAUGUUGAGGAACCAAAAGAAAACGCGACGAUGCAAAGUGCUUUGGAUGAGAUAUGUUGUGAAGUUGCCAGCCUGUCACUUUUUAGUUGCAAAUUGCAAUAUAAUCAGUUGUGAGCUCAGGUAAAGCAAUUUGUUGCAAAUUGCUUUCAAUUUGCUAAUUAUGUGUGACAGAAGUUGGAGUUUAAUGCAUUCCAGUCGUGUUUGACACGACAAAGCUUUCCGGCAUGUUUUUAAGUUGUCUCUCUCUCAAAAAAAAAUGUUUUUCUUAAUAACUGUUAUGCACUCAUUUAUAAUACAUUUUUGUAUAGGCUACCGAGGGACGGGAUUUUCAUUUGCUUUGUAGAAAUGUAAAAAAAUUGAAAUAGUAAAUCUUUUUUUUUUAUUGCAUUUUUUUGUUUUAAUAUUCGCAAUUAUUGUAGCCUUGGUGUGUGAGGAUAUUUGAUGCUAUAACUGUGAAUGGGUUUUUUAUAAGUUCGAAUAAUAAUAAUAAAGGCCUACUUUAUAUUUGUUUGAAAAGCUUAAAUACCCUACUGUGAAAAAACGUGAAUUGGAAAGUUUACGAUCUUGCGCCAAAUGCGUUUUUUGUACGUCUUUGGCCUCAACCCAUAACCUAUACAAGCCUAGCCUAUACAGGCCCAUAACAGGCCCAUAGCCUGCUAUGCAGGCCCAUAGCCUGAUCAAUCAAUCAAUCAGACGUCAUCCCGCCCUAUUAUGUGGUGCUCGGUCCCACGCGGAGCACCAGACACUGGUCACUGUAAAUGAGCCUCACUCUGUUUCAUUUAAUCUCCAUCUCGCUUUGUUUGCUUGGCUGAUUUUUUAAUAAAGUGAUU